GGCAGGCGCAGAAGCAGACUUCUAUAUCCGCCAGACGGAGACGGACGGUGCCAGCUGCUAGCUAAGUUAGCUACAGUAGACAGUUAGCUUCACAGUCCUAGCUCCUUAACUUACAUAUUAGGGAGUGAGAGAGUGACAGAGAGAGUGUGUGUGUGUGCGUGUCGACGCUGUGAGCGCGCGCUUGGCUGUCCCGAAGUGACUCAGUGUGCUUGCGUGUCCCUCAAGAGCGUGUGCGUGCGUGUGUGUGUGUGUGUGUGAGUGGAUAGUGUGUCUGUGUGAGUGCAUGUGCAUGAGAGGCAGAGUGUGUGUGUGUGUGUGUAUAUAUAAACCCACUUCUGUCCCUCUCUUCCUCUCUGGAGUAGCGGCGUGUCUGUUUUGUGUUGCGUUCGCAAGCAAAGAGGCAAAACCCCAUAAACACUCAGUGAUAGCCGACUGUUUACAUUCGGUGUCCGGUUACCUGCCAGAGGAUUCCCAUCAUUUACUGAUACCGACUGAGCGCCAACAUGAUGCUGAGUUACAUUACGGUGCGGGGCGGCAUCAGUCUGCUGGCUGUCAGGAGGGCCUGCGUCCUGUCGCGAUCUGCGCACUCUGCCCCGCAGAGCAAGCAUCGAGCGAUAAAGAAAGUCAUGGUGGCCAAUCGAGGUGAAAUAGCCAUCCGGGUGUUUAGAGCCUGCACCGAGCUGGGGAUUCGAACCGUGGCUGUGUACUCCGAGCAGGACACCGGGCAGAUGCACAGGCAGAAAGCAGAUGAGGCUUACCUGAUCGGAAAAGGCCUGCCCCCUGUCGCCGCUUACCUUCACAUCCCAGACAUCAUCAAAGUUGCCAAGGAAAACAACGUGGACGCCAUCCACCCGGGGUACGGCUUCCUCUCCGAGCGCUCCGACUUCGCUCAGGCCUGCUCCGACGCCGGGGUGAUGUUCGUGGGACCGACUCCAGAAACGGUCCGCAAGAUGGGGGACAAGGUGGAGGCUCGGUCGCUGGCCAUCAGUGCAGGUGUUCCGGUGGUCCCCGGAACAGAUGCGCCCAUUUCCAGUCUGCAGGAGGCGCAGGCGUUCGCCCAGACGUACGGCUUCCCCAUCAUCUUCAAGGCGGCGUACGGCGGCGGCGGCCGAGGCAUGAGGGUGGUCAGAGAGUACGAGGAACUUGAGGAGAAUUACCAGCGGGCCUACUCUGAAGCCCUGACGGCGUUCGGGAACGGCGCUCUGUUUAUCGAGAAGUUUAUUGAAAAGCCCAGACACAUUGAAGUGCAGAUCCUCGGCGAUAAAUAUGGUAAUGUCAUCCACCUCUACGAGAGAGACUGCUCCAUUCAGCGGAGACACCAAAAGGUUGUGGAGAUUGCACCUGCGUUCCAACUGGACCCCCAUUUGAGAGACCGGCUUCACGCGGACGCCGUCAACCUCGCCAAACUGGUUGGAUACGAGAAUGCGGGGACCGUGGAGUUCUUGGUGGACAAACACGGCAAACACUACUUCAUUGAGGUCAACUCCAGGCUGCAGGUGGAGCACACUGUCACCGAAGAAAUCACAGACGUGGACCUGGUGCACGCCCAGCUGCACGUGUGCGAGGGCCGCAGCCUGCCGGAGCUCGGCCUGAAGCAGGACAAGAUCAGGGUGAACGGCUGCGCCAUCCAGUGCCGAGUGACGACCGAGGACCCGGCCAGAGGCUUCCAGCCCGACACGGGGAGGAUCGAGGUCUUCAGAAGUGGUGAAGGCAUGGGGAUCCGUCUGGACAGCGCCUCGGCCUUCCAGGGAGCCAUCAUUUCCCCGCAUUAUGACUCACUGCUGGUGAAAGUCAUCGCCAGCGGAAAGGACCUCCCGACGGCAGCCUCCAAGAUGAGCCGGGCCCUGGCCGAGUUCAGAGUGCGAGGGGUCAAGACCAACAUCCCUUUCCUGCAGAACGUCUUCUCCAACCACCAGUUCCUGCACUCCACCGUGGACACGCAGUUCAUCGACGAGAACCAGGAACUCUUCAACCUCAAGCCCACCCAGAACCGAGCCCAGAAGCUCCUGCACUACCUGGGUCAUGUGAUGGUAAACGGACCGACCACGCCCAUCCCAGUCAAAGCCAAGCCCUCCUCCACGGACCCCGUCAUUCCCUCCGUCACCAUGGGCGACCCGCCCGUCGGUUUCCGAGACGUGUUGCUGCGGGACGGCCCUGAGGGAUUCGCCAAGGCCGUCCGCGCCCACAAAGGCCUGCUGCUGAUGGACACCACGUUCAGGGACGCUCACCAGUCGCUGCUGGCCACCAGGGUCAGGACCCACGACCUGAAGAAGAUCUCGCCGUUCGUCAGCCACAACUUCAGCAACCUUUACAGCCUGGAGAACUGGGGAGGUGCUACCUUUGACGUGGCCAUGCGAUUCCUGUCGGAGUGUCCCUGGAAGAGGCUGCAGGAGCUGAGAGCUUUGAUCCCUAAUGUCCCUUUCCAGAUGCUGCUGAGAGGGGCCAACGCCGUGGGCUACACCAACUACCCCGACAACGCUGUCUUCAAGUUCUGCGAGGUGGCCAAGGAGAACGGCAUGGACAUCUUCCGCGUGUUCGAUUCCCUGAACUACCUGCCCAACAUGCUGCUGGGCAUGGAAGCCGCCGGCGCGGCGGGCGGCGUGGUCGAGGCCGCCAUCUCGUACACGGGGGACGUCUCCGACCCCAUGAGGCAGAAGUACUCCCUGGACUAUUACGUGAAGCUGGCGGACGAGCUCGUCAAGGCCGGAACCCACAUUCUCUGCAUCAAGGACAUGGCCGGCCUUCUGAAGCCAGAGGCCAGCAAGCUUCUGAUCGGCGCUCUGAGAGACCGCUUCCCAGAUGUGCCCAUCCACGUGCACACCCACGACACAGCUGGAGCCGGUGUGGCCGCCAUGCUGGCCUGCGCCGAGGCCGGGGCCGACGUGGUCGAUGUAGCAGUGGACUCUAUGGCUGGAAUGACCUCUCAGCCAAGCAUGGGAGCCAUCGUCGCUUGUGCCAAGAGGACCAAACUCGACACCGGCAUCGCUCUGGAGAAGGUGUUUGACUACAGCGAGUACUGGGAGGUGGCCAGAGGUCUGUACGCUCCGUUCGACUGCACCGCCACCAUGAAGUCUGGCAACGCUGACGUCUACGAGAACGAGAUCCCGGGAGGACAGUACACCAACCUUCACUUCCAGGCUCACAGUAUGGGACUGGGAAAUAAGUUCAAGGAGGUGAAGAAGGCCUACGCUGAAGCCAACAAACUGCUAGGAGACCUCAUUAAGGUGACUCCGUCGUCGAAGAUUGUUGGCGACCUGGCUCAGUUCAUGGUGCAGAACAGCCUGACCAGGGCGGAGGUGGAGGAGAGGGCCGACGAGCUGUCCUUCCCGCUGUCCGUGGUCGAGUUCCUGCAGGGAUACAUCGGGAUUCCGCACGGAGGGUUCCCUGAGCCGUUCAGGUCCAAGGUGCUCAAGUCCCUCAACCGGAUUGAAGGUCGUCCCGGCGCCUCGCUGCCGCCUAUGGACUUCAAGGCCCUGGAAGACGGGCUGCGCGCCGCCCACGGCGACGAUAUCACCCCCGAGGACGUCAUGUCUGCCGCCAUGUACCCCAAAGUCUUCCAGGAGUUCAAGGAGUUUACCGCCAACUUUGGCCCGGUGGACUGCCUCAGCACCAGGCUGUUCCUGGAUGGACCCAAGAUCGCAGAAGAGUUUGAGGUGGAGCUGGAGAGAGGGAAGAUCCUCCACAUCAAGGCGCUGGCGCUGGGCGACCUGAACAAGGCCGGCCAGCGGGAGGUGUUCUUCGAGCUGAACGGCCAGCUCCGGUCCGUGCUGGUCAAAGACACGGUCGCCAUGAAGGAAAUGAAAUUCCACCCAAAAGCUCAGAAGUCCAUCAAGGGUCAGGUGGGAGCGCCCAUGCCUGGAAAAGUCCUGGAGGUCAAAGUAGAGGUCGGAUCCAAGGUGGAGAAGGGUCAGCCGCUGUGUGUCCUGUCGGCCAUGAAGAUGGAGACGGUGGUCAACUCCCCGAUGGCCGGCACCAUUAAGGCCGUUCAUGUCACGGCCGACGCGUCCCUGGAGGGAGACGACCUGAUCCUGGAGAUCGAGGAGUAGAGCGCCGCGGCGGCGGCGGAGGCGGAGGGGAGGGCUUAGCGGCGGUAGGGAGGUAGACAGUCUGAUCCUGGAUGAGGCGAGAGGUGGAGGGAGAUUAUCGCCUUUCUCUUCUGUGCCUCCCCCAGUUUGUACAUAUCCUGUCUGGCGACGCUGGGGAGACGCAGAGCAAAUCCAGACGCCUGACGGCGUAAAGAUCAGUCCAGCGGAGGAUAGCAAGUCAUUGAAAUUCUAUUUAAUUCUCCCCCUAAAAAAAAAAAGUAAUUACUCUGUGUUUGGUGAUUAGCUCAGACGAAACAUGGUACCUUUAAUAACGUCAUGUCAACUUGUGUCAACAUCUUCUAUAUCGUUGAAUAUUUUUAGAGUAACAGAGGAUUUUUUUUUUUUUUUUUUUUUUUUUUUGUUUUUUUGAAUUGUGAUACAUUCCACUGCUGAGACGCUCUUUUAAAAUGUGACGUGCUGCAGCGAGCUUCACCGUGCGCAAAACUAACAUGGCUCUUAACAUCUGCGUGCAAUUAAAGGCAACAGCUUCCACGUCAUUGCUCUUCAAAUUGCCUAAUAUAUUCAGAGUGGCGAGACUAAACCUUUUAUCUUCGACUACUAAAUGUUCUCGUAGUAAUUAGCACAGUUUGGACAGAGAGGAAUUGACCUGACGGCGUUUUACCAAAUCAUUGUUUUUUGUUUUUUUGUUUUUUUUUUUUUUUCAUUUGGGAACAAUAUUUUUUUGCCUCUGCACGACAUUAUCAAGCUUUGACAUUUGUCGCAGUGCAUUCUGGGAAUGUGUGAUCACUGUGUUAGCAUUCAAGUUUGAAAUUAGUUGGAAAAACAACAAAAAAAACACACACACAGGGUGAAGGACAAGCGAUCGCACUCUCUUUUGUUUUGUAUCUGCUUUACUCGAGUAUUUUCACAAUAAGAGAAGCACAACAGGAAGCCAUGGCAGACGCGUCUCAUCUUGCACUAAAGUGAAAUAAACACUGUUACUGUAUCAGUAAUAGCGAAUGGUUUCAGUUUUGUUGUUAAAA